AUGACAAACUAUUCAACCAUUUCGGAUGGUAAUUCUGCCAGACCUCGUAACGACAUGCCAAGGUGCGAACCCAUCGAACCCAUAUUCACGACACGACGACGUGGAGGCAAGGAUGGCGGUCACGGCGGGCAAGCCUCGAUGAUCAGCAGUAUCGUCAAUCUACUAAAUACGAUUGUCGGUGCUGGUACGCUGGCGAUGCCUUCGGUCCUAUCUCAUAUGGGAAUAAUGCUUGGUGUUUUACUUGUAAUAUGGUCUGGCCUUACCUCUGCCUUCGGUCUUUACCUGCAGUCUAAAUGCGCCCGUUAUUUGGAUCGUGGAACUGCUUCCUUUUUUGCCCUGUCGCAAAUCACUUACUCACAAGCCUCUGUCGUCUUUGACGCAGCCAUCGCUAUCAAGUGCUUUGGAGUAGGCGUAUCAUACAUGAUUAUCAUCGGAGACUUGAUGCCUGGCGUCAUGCUUGGUUUCAACAGUCGUGCCGACCAUAUCCCAUAUCUUGUCGACCGUCAUUUCUGGAUUACGGCUUUCAUGCUUCUGGUUAUUCCUCUCAGUUUUCUUCGGAGACUUGAUUCGCUCAAGUACACCAGUCUUGUUGCCUUGGUUUCGAUUGGGUACCUCAUCGUUUUGGUCAUAUACCACUUUGCAGUUGAUCCGCACGCAGACCCUAGCAAUGUUCGAGUCAUCAAGUGGGCCGGUGCUGUCGAAACAUUGAGUGCUCUACCAAUUGUUGUCUUCGCUUAUACUUGUCAUCAAAAUAUGUUUUCAAUUGUUAAUGAAAUCAAGGACAACUCUCCAUCAAGCAUGGUCAGGGUAAUUGUUUUGAGUAUUGGAUCAGCUGCUAGUAUCUACCUUGUGGUCGCCAUUACUGGUUACAUUACCUUCGGUAAUGAUAUUGUCGGUAAUAUUGUUUUAAUGUACCCCACUGGAGUUGCGUCGACUAUUGGCAAGGCCGCAAUUGUUAUUUUAGUUUUAUUUUCCAUCCCCCUUCAGGUUCAUCCUUGCCGCGCCUCAUUAGACGCGGUUUUGAAAUGGCGACCAAGCCGCUCGCAGUCAGGCAAUGGCCGCCUAUCAUCAUCUGUAUCUGCCGCGGCAACGGUCUCUCGAGGUGACCAUGGCACUGCCCCCAUGUCUGACACCCGCUUCGCACUCCUUACUACCCUUAUUUUAACGCUAGCAUACUUUACCGCCCUGUCAGUCAGCAGUCUGGAUCGCGUGCUUGCCUUUGUGGGAAGUACGGGCUCGACGUCCAUUAGUUUUAUCUUACCGGGCCUCUUUUAUUACAAAAUAAGCGACCCUGAGAGCUCGUAUCACCAGCGGCUCAUGAAAGAAGACGACGAUAUGGAAGACUCAGGGUUGUCGGAUAUUGAGGACUCUGCGCACCUGGCCGGAAACAGCGCUGGUGCUCUGGACAGCACGCCCGAUUUAUUAAAUCACAGCCCGUGGCGCUGGAGAAAAAAAUGGCGAUGGGACUUGGAGCACCUUGACCACGGCUUGGUUAGAAAACUUGCCCUUGCAUUGGCCGUUUACGGCGUAGUGGUCAUGGUCGUAUGCUUGUUCAUGAACAUAUUUUUUGCAGCGUCUCAUUAG